GGCUCCAUGGAUCCCGCACCGGGCGGUUCUUACCGCCGCCGCCUCCUGCUUCUUUCCCCGGCCUCCCCCGCUUCACCCGCCGUGGUCAAGUCUCUCUUUCCCGACCUCUCGCCGGUCUCCGACCUCCGCCUCACCAUGGAGCAGCUGGGACGCGGUCAGCAUGAAAACGCUGAGCAAGAUCUGGGAAACGGGAAUACUAAUGGUUUACAAAGAACAGUGUCAUCGGAAUCAACAGACUCAGGUUGUGCUUUGGAUUCGCCUGGUCCUGCAACCUCGAAUGAUAUCAUGGAGGAAAAGUUUGAGAAAGCAAUUCUUGAAUCUAGCAGGCUGAACAUUCGAAUGCCUUUCAGAAGAAUACAUUCACUGCCACAAAGCCUCCUGGGAUCCAGUCCUGCUCUGAAGAGAAACCAUUCCGAUUCUCUGGAUAGUGAUGCUUUUCAACUGUUGGAACAAGACGAAAAUAAGGAGAAUGAAUCGUUUGAGUUUAAGAAGCCAACCAAACCAGCGUCUCGUUGUUCUGUGCAUGUCCAUUCCCGUGAUGGAAAAGGUGUUCCCGGACCAAGGCAGAAUUCAUCUCCAGCUCAGACAUUUCCCAUGGGUGAAAUACCCACGGGUGAACAGCAAAACUACAGGCCAGCUUUCCUGCAGCAGUCUUCUCUGACUUCCUCUGAAAGCGAAGAUGAUGAUGGAUUCCUAGAGCUGCUAGAUGAGCAAGAUUUGAAGAACGAUGAGGAGAUGCCGUCUGACGUGGCAAGCCUCUGGACUGCACCACUAGUCAUGAGGAAGACAGACAAUCGGGCCAAACGAUGCCGGUUGUUUGGCUCUUCAUCUCUGCCUAGUGGUGUAGGAAGAACCACCCAGAAAAGGAUGGAGAGAUCCCAGGAAGAGAAUUCUCCAGGGAAAAGCAAGAAGAGGAAAAGCCUGCCUGGAACACCUUCUGAGGACUCAACGAGUUUGAAAAUGGUAAAGACCCAGUCCUCCACAGCAGAGAUCGAAAGCAUUUUGGACAGCGACCAGAGAGACCUUAUCGGUGACUUCUCGAAGGGUUAUUUAUUCCACACUGUCGAUGGGAAACAUCAAGAUUUAAAAUAUAUUGACUCCGAAAUGAUUGUGUCUGUGCUGACUGGGAAGUUUGCGAGCUUCAUCAAGGAAUGCGUGAUAAUUGACUGUAGAUACCCGUAUGAGUAUGAAGGAGGACACAUCAAGGGUGCUGUAAACCUACAUAUGGAAGAGGAUGUGGAAGACUACUUGCUUAAGAAGCCAAUCCAGCCAUCGGAGAACAAACGAGUGAUCAUAGUGUUCCACUGCGAGUUUUCUUCAGAGCGGGGUCCUCGAAUGUGCCGGUUUGUGAGAGAGCGGGACAGGCUGGGUAACGAAUACCCCAACCUCCAUUACCCAGAACUGUAUGUCCUGAAGGGGGGUUACAAGGACUUCUUCUUAAGAUGCCGUAGUUUCUGCGAGCCCCAGAGCUAUCGCCCCAUGCACCACGAGGACUUUAAAGAAGACUUGAAAAGGUUCCGCACCAAAAGCCGAACCUGGGCUGGCGAGAAGAGCAAAAGGGAACUGUACAGUCGCCUGAAGAAACUCUAAGGGCUGAACUGAACAAGCAAAGAUUGCCCAUCGGGG